AUGCUGGUGCAGUAUGCGAUAAGUGGACUGCUGGUGAUAGUGGGACAAUGCAUCCGAGAAAUCAAUGGCGAGUAUCAAACCAGCCUCACCUUCAACGAUAUCCUGCCCGAGGAUCCGAAGCUGUACGAUAAAAUGCGACCGCCGAAAAAGGAAGGCCAGCCGACGAGCGUUGCCUUCCACGUGACCGUGAUGGGGUUGGAUUCGAUCGACGAAAACUCGAUGACCUACGCGGCCGACAUCUUUUUCGCACAAACGUGGAAAGAUCACCGGUUGCGGUUGCCGGAAAACAUGACGUCCGAGUACCGGUUGCUGGAGGUGGACUGGCUGAAGAACAUGUGGCGGCCGGAUUCGUUCUUCAAGAAUGCGAAAUCGGUCACCUUCCAGACGAUGACGAUCCCGAACCAUUACAUGUGGCUGUACAAGGACAAAACGAUCCUGUACAUGGUGAAGCUGACGUUGAAGCUGUCCUGUGCGAUGAACUUCUUGAUCUAUCCGCACGACACGCAGGAAUGCAAGCUGCAGAUGGAAAGCCUGUCUCACACGACAGACGACUUGGUGUUCCAGUGGGACGAGGAGGUGCCGUUGGUUGUGGACGAGCACAUCGAGUUGCCCCAGCUGGCGUUGGUGAAAAACUAUACGGCCGACUGUACCCAGGUGUACUCGACCGGGAACUUCACCUGCCUGGAGGUAGUGUUCGUGUUGAAGCGUCGUCUCGGGUACUACCUGUUCCACACCUACAUCCCAACCUGCCUGAUCGUCAUUAUGUCGUGGGUUUCGUUCUGGAUCAAACCGGAAGCAGCGCCGGCCCGGGUCACGCUUGGCGUAACGUCUCUGCUCACGCUCAGCACCCAGCACGCGAAAUCGCAAGCUUCCUUACCGCCGGUAUCGUACCUAAAGGCGGUCGAUGCGUUCAUGUCCGUCUGUACCGUGUUCGUGUUUAUGGCGCUGAUGGAGUACUGUCUGGUUAACAUCGUGCUGGGUGAUUCGGAUCCACCGACACCGAAACCCCAUCCGCCCAAGAUGGAUAAAUUUUUCGACUUCACCGCCAAAAACGGGAAGCGCAACAGUAAGUCGCAUGAGCAUACGCACGAGAUGCCGAUCACCACGUUUCAGCGGCAGGAAAGCACACUGCUGCUAUCGCCGGUCCCGCACAUCCAGACGAUACCACCGCCACCCUGCAAACCGGCCUCGGCCAUACCGAAGCUAACGCCGGCCCAGAUGCGACUGAAGCGAGCGAUCAACAUCGAUCGAUUUUCGCGUAUGUUUUUCCCGUUUCUGUUCACGCUGCUGAACGUCACGUACUGGAUCAUGUUCUACGAGGUGUUGGCUGCCAACCAGGUUGUCUACAAUCUGAGGGCACUGAUCUACACAAACCACGUGUCGCGACGAACGAAGCUGAGACAAUAUGGAUCUUACAUUGUACCGGUACAGGCAGUCCCCGAGAUCUCGGACGAUGAGGACGAUACUCAUCCAAAUAUCGAUACGCCAUCGCUUUUCCGCUGGCGGCAUCAGGCCCGCGUCGAGCGGAUGCAGGAGCAAGAGAAAACGAAGGAAACGAUAGAAAAGAAGAAGCAAACGACCGUGGAAAAGCUAAAGCAGGCGAAAGAGAAGCUGCAGCGAAAGGAAGGCAAUCUAGACGAGCUAAAGAAAAUCAUUGAUGAGCUGGAAAGGGAACAAGAGCGCGUGAGGCAGGAAGAAGAUGAGCUGCGCAAGAAGGAAAAGAUGCAACCAUGGAACGUGGACACGAUCAGUAAGCCGGGCUUCGCCAAGACGGUCAUCAACAAGAGUGCAAUAAAUCGAAAGGAGGAAGAGCUGACCGACGAACAGAAGGAGAUGAAUCUGAGGGAAUUUAUCAAAAAGUACGAGAAGCAGAUGAAGCAAUUCGGCAUGAUGCGGAAGUACGAUGAUUCGAAAAAGUUCCUGCAGGAUAAUCACCAUCUGGUAUGUGAGGAUACGCCCAACUAUCUCGUCAUUUGGUGCAUCGAGCUGGAGAUGCAGGAAAAGCACGAACUGAUGGCACACGUGGCGCACCAGUGCAUCUGCAUGCAGUACAUCUUGGACAUUUCGAAACAGCUCGAGGUAGACCCGAGGGCCUGCGUGGCGUCUUUCUUUCAGCGCAUUCAGGAGGCGGAAACCGAGUACAAGAAUCAGUUCUUGGGUGAAAUUGAAGCGUUUAAAGAGCGCAUCCGCAAGCGAGCGCAGGAGAAACUGCAGAAGCUUAUCGAGGAGCAGGAGGAGGAGGAACGUAAGGCGAGGCUCGGUCCGGGUGGGUUGGAUCCGGUGGAGGUGUUUGAAUCGCUGCCCGAGGAGCUACAGAAGUGCUUUGAGACGCGCGACAUCGGCAUGCUGCAGGAAGCGAUGGCCAAACUGCCACCGGAGGAAGCUCGCGUACACCUGCAGCGCUGCAUAGAUUCAGGCCUAUGGGUACCGGAUGCGAAGAGCGCUGCCGCAGCCACAUCCGGGGCUGGUGUUGAAGAUGAAGCGCAGGAACCGGUGUACGUGGAGAAAGUGAUCCCAAGAUUCACGACGCAGUUCCACGGAAGACAUCAACGCAAUCGGAAACGGAUUCAAGACAUCCCUGUGUCGGCCCAUUCAGCAAUGAGUCGCAUCUUUAACUCGGAAACGAUGCGCUUCGAGGGUACGAUGCACGAACCGAAGCGAAAUCGUAACGUGUUUCUCGAUGUGAAACCCAUCCAGGAAGACAAUGGUGCAAACUCCACGGGACAGGUCAGACGAAAUGCAACCGUGUUUAACAAUCGGGUUGGCUUUCCACCGCUUACACCAAAGGAAGCGUUCGUGAAUACGGUGGCCACUACCAGCCAAACGAACAUGGUGUACGAGAGUUCGAAACCAAUCUACUUGGUGCUGCGUGCCAUCGGAGUGUUUCCCUAUACGCGGCUGGCUUCGGGUGAGACCGCGUUCAUUUUGGCCUCGCCCUCCAUGGUGUACUGUGUGACGUUUUUCCUUCUGCUUACCGUGUACAUCGCAUUCAUUCUGCUCAAUCGCAUCGAAAUCGUACGCACGCUCGAGGGUCGCUUCGAGGAGUCCGUUAUUGCGUACCUGUUCAUCGUGAACAUCCUGCCGAUCCUGAUCAUACCGCUGAUGUGGUACGAAUCGCGCAAGGUCGUGUCGGUGGUGAAUGGGUGGGUCGAUUUCGAAACGGUCUACCGGAAAACGUCCGGCCGUGCGUUGGAGCUGAAGCUUCGCACCAAGGCGCAGGUGGUCGCCAUCUUGCUACCGAUCCUGUGCUCCCUCUCGGUCGCCAUUACGCAUGUGACGAUGGUGGACUUUAAGUUGCUACAGGUCAUUCCGUACUGUGUGCUCGACACGAUCACCUACAUGAUGGGUGGUUACUGGUAUUUGGCGUGCGAGACGCUCAGCAUUACGGCGAAGAUCCUGGCGGAAGAUUUUCAGCGCGCCCUACGCCAUGUGGGCCCGGCGGCUAAGGUGUCCGAGUACCGGUCGCUGUGGUUGCGCCUCAGUAAGCUGGCCCGUGACACAGGAUUCUCCACGUGCUACACCUUCACCUUCAUCUGUCUGUACCUGUUCUUUAUUAUAACGCUCUCGAUCUACGGGCUGAUGUCGCAAAUCUCGGACGGGUUCGGGGUGAAAGAUAUAGGGCUUGCUGUGACCGCGUUCUGUAGCGUUGGCUUGCUGUUCUACAUCUGCGAUGAGGCCCACUAUGCGUCGUUUAACGUGCGUACCAACUUCCAGAAGAAGCUACUAAUGGUUGAGCUGAGCUGGAUGAACACGGAUGCGCAGACCGAGAUCAACAUGUUUUUGCGUGCGACCGAGAUGAACCCAUCCAGCAUUAAUUUGGGAGGGUUUUUUGAUGUUAACCGUACGCUGUUUAAAUCGCUGCUUGCAACGAUGGUUACGUACUUGGUGGUGUUGCUUCAGUUCCAGAUCAGCAUUCCGGAUGAACCGAGUGCCAUGUUGAUGCAUGGGAACACGUCACAUUUUUAG